AACAGCAUUUUCGACGCUCGCAUUCAGUGCCGCAUUCGUUCCGUGCCGUCAACCCAAACUUCCGCACUAACAGUUCCCUGUAAUGCCAGUCUAUUCAUGUCCCUCCAAGUAGACACUGAGAGCUACGAGCACCACGAGCACCACGGCCACUGCAUCAUCAACAGACAGCAAUCAUGGCUCCGCACGACACUGCUGGCUCCGAGCAAGAGCCCCUCCUCAAUCAACCCCAGAUUGGCCCAGACAUCACGGGCCCCAAGCUCACUGGCAUACCCACUCGCCGCAAGGUCCGCAUCAUAGCCGUCGCCAUCGCCAUCGUGGCUCUUUUCAACAUAGGCUCCGCAGUCUUCCAGAUCCCGCUCAAUAGCUUGGUGGAGGAACACAUCUGCAGGCGCAUCUACCCAGAGCGACUUUACGACCCAGACUUUUGCAAAGGCGACGCCGCCGUAUCCAGCAUGCAGACCUUUGUGGAUGGAUGGAGCAGCACGUUUGGCCUGCUUCCCGCCGUCAUCUUCUCUAUCCCCUACGGCUUACUUGCCGACAAAUGGGGUAGACACAAGAUACUCUUGCUCACUACCAUCGGCUUGUUCUUCUACGUGCUGCACUCCAUUACCGUCCUCUCUUUACUUGAUUAUAUCGACCUCCGCUGGAUUUGGGCCGCCGGCCUGUGGUUCGCCAUUGGUGGUGGUACCCCAGUGUUGGUUGCCUCCAUUUACGCCGCCAUUAGCGACGUUGUAGAACCUGAAACAAGAUCUCAAUAUUUCUUUCUACUUGGGACAUUCAACCUCGGCGGCAGCAUUGUCGGUCCCAUCCUUAGCGUACUGGCUAUACAACAGGGUCGUUGGUUUGCUAUAUACCUGGGCAGCGGUCUUAUAGGAAGUACUAUACUCGCCGCGCUGCUCAUGUCUGAAACUCGUGACACGCUAUCCCAUGGCCUCCGCCCCUUGGUCGCAGAUGAGAUGGAGUGUCUUGCCGACGGUUCCUUAUCAAACAAGGCGCGUGCUCUACUUCACGAGGCCAUAGGCAUAGCACGGUACCAAUUCAUCGAAAAUAAGUUGCUGGGACUCAGCUUGAUCAGCCUCAUCUUCACCACAUUUGGAAAAAUGCUGCCACUAAUCCUCGACAAGUAUGCCCAUUACCGGUUCGACUUAUCGUGGGAGGCUGUUAGUCUUGUAACCUCCAUGAGACACUUUGUGGCCCUGUGCGUAACGGCGAUUGUAUUGCCACUGGCCGACACCUUUUUGCGCAAGACGCUACGUCUGCCACUCAUUCACAAGGACAUGUGGAUGGUGCGCGCUAGCAUCAUUUGUAUGUUCUUUGGGGCACUCUUUAUUGGCAUCGCCAAUACUAUACAGCUGUACGCCGCCAGCCUCGUCAUCUUUGGUCUCGGUUGCGGAUACGAGUUUGCCAUGCGUGGGAUGCUUGCCCAUGUUGCAGGUGAUCGCGUAGCCACUGUGUACACAACAAUGAGUCUCAUGGAAACCAUUGGUGACCUUAUUUCUGGCCCUCUAAUGGCUAAGAACUACCAGGACGGGCUAAGGCUAGGUGGCGUCUGGAUCGGCCUGCCUUUCUUUGUCGUCGCUGGCUUAUUUGCUGUGGCUGGUCUCUUAGUGUGGUGUGUCCGCUGGGAUAAUGUGAAGAGGGUAGAAGAAGAUGCGCCUGUGGAUAAUUAGUGUAAAAUUGAGACUUUCUGUAGUUUCUUCUAUAAUAACAAAGUAUAGCGUUGGUUUAUGUGCUGAUGCACAACAAAAACUGUAUUAGUCGCGUGAGGGAAGAGAAGC